AUGGCGGAAUUCUUAGGAGAUUUAUUAAAAUAGAAAAGAGAUAACUUUAGAGUAGAAUUAAAGAGAAAGGCAACAGAAGAGCUUUUCAAAUAAAAGAGAAGAAUAUUUAAUAACAAUGAAUAAAUUUAUUUAACAGAUGAGAAAAUUAAUAUUUGGUACAUGAAUUUAGUUAACUAAAAAUAUGAGGAUACUUUAGAUGAAAUAAGAUAAUCUUUGUCAAACUCAACAAUUGAAGUAAUAGGAUAUAUUUGAUUAUUAGUAUAACAUAUUAUUAAUAAACAAACAUGAAGUAUAUCAAUUAUUACUAAACAUUUGGAAUAAGCAAGAAUUAGAUUAUAUUAUUAUAUAAUAGUUACUUUAUAUAUUUGCAAAUUUACAUUCUUACAAUGUAUUUGAUGAUUUGAAAUUUUUGUAAAAUGAAAAACUAAUGGAAAGAUUGUUCAAUUUAUUAUAAAUGACAACUUAUUAGCAAAUACAGUCUCAAAUAUUUUUUUUAUUAUCAAAUCUGGUAGGCAUGGAUAAUGGAGUUAAAGCUAGAUAAUUGGCAGAUUAUGGAUUUUGUACUUUGAUCAAAAAGAUGUGGAUGAAUAAAUUAAUUUACUGCAAAGUAUAUGUAUGAAUUAUAUUUGAGAUUGAAAAUAUUAAAGAUUUUUGCUGGUUUUUGAGUAAUUUUUUUUAUUACAAUUAAAAUAAUGUGGCUGGUUUUACAUUGACUGAAGUAAUUUACUUAUGAUUUAUAUAGGUCAGAGAAGUCUUACCAAUUGUAUUAGAAUGUAUUAAAUAUAAUGAUAAAGAAAUAAAAUUAUAUUCAUUAAUUACUUUAAAGAGUAUGUGUUAAGCCAAAGAAGAAGUAUAUAGUAUAAUACUAAAUAAACUAAAAAUCUUUAAUGAUUUAAUGAAUAUGCAAAGGACAAGUGAUGAUGAAGAAAUUUCAUUAAAAACACUUGAAAUUAUUGCAUCUUUUGCUUUAGCAGAUGAUGAAAUAACUACCCAAUUAGUGAAUGAAUUCAAAAUUCUAGAUUUCUUUUUAUAAAUUUAUAUAUAACCAGGCAGAAACAAAUAAAAAGAAUUCAAAAAAAUAAUAUUAUGGGGAUUAAAUAAUUUGUGUUGUAAUAAUGAUUUUCAAAUAUUACAAAUAAUAAUAAAGCAUGAUCUUAUUAAAUAUAUUUAAAAAGAUGAAAAUGAAACAGAAAUUAUUAAAGAUAUUUUAGAAGUUAUAAGAAGUCUUUCAUAAUUAAAAAAUCCAGAUUUACUAAAGUAUGUAUUGAUGAGUGGAAAUGUUGUAGAUAUAGUUAUGAACCAAUUAAAAUUGAAAAUAUCUAAAGGGAUAGUUUUGACAUGUUUGAACAUUGUUCAUAAUUUUGCCUAUUAAAUUGGUAAGCAUUCUUAAAGUGAUAUAAAUAUGGCAAUAGAGAUGUUCAUUUCUAAAGGGUUUGACAAAAUACUUAAUUAAAUGGAGUUUGAUCCUGAUAAUGAUAUAAAUAUUGAAGCUUAAAGAUUGACAGAAACCUUUUUAAUGUGA